GUUCGGAAGACUUAGGAUGUUUUGAUGGAGAGGAGUAGGGUAUUUCCCCGAAAUGUCGGAAUAGGAAGUCAUAUUGCCGAAAAUAUUACCAAGAAAUCAACGCCCUAAUGACUAAGGUAGAUUCCAGAUUCGCCAGUAGAUUGUUCCAUUCCUCACGUGAACUGGACAGAUCGAUUCGGAUCCGAAGACCGAAGGUGGACAAAACUCUAAAACUAACCGGAGAAGAAAAAUACACGGAACACAAUGGUUAGUGAUGGUCUUGAGCUAUAGAAGUAUUCAGUUGAGAUAACAAAUAAAGAUGGCUUGUGGGGAAGGAUUUGAAUUUAUAAAUAUUGUGCCAAAGAAGCUACCAGUUACCUCAGAAAAUGGAGUGGUGAUAGUUGACUUGACAUCAUAUGAUCCAGUAACCUCUGAAGAGUUUCCUGAAUUCUCAAGCAUCCAGGAUCUUCAAGAUUUGAGAUUUUUCUCCAACUACCUCAAAGAAAUUCCUGAACAGUUUUUUGAGAUCAACCACCACCUUAAAUCUCUGUUUAUGUGUUGUAGUACCAUCAAACCAGACAAUGGUCUUUUGCGACUGCCAACACGUUUUAACUGCUUUUCUCACCUGGAAGAGCUUCAUUUAGUUGGAAAUCACUUUGAGGGGUUUCCUUUGCCUAUUUGUAACCUUGGCAAUGUUAAGACACUGUACAUGGAUAACUGCACUCUCACAAAGAUUCCCAAAGAAAUUAAGAACAUGUCAAGUCUUGUGGUUGUGGACUUCAGCUAUAACAGUUUUGGUAAUCCUGACAGUUUACCAAAAGAAUUUUUCCAAUUGCCAAAUGUCAAGGAUUUAUACUUAAUAGAUUGUCAGUUAAACGAGCUUCCCUCAGACAUAGGAGGAUUAAGGAACCUAGAAGGCUUAAGAAUUGGAAAGAAUAACCUUACUAAGCUUCCAGAUGAACUGUUUGAUUUGCCCAAACUCAGUAAACUUAGUGUUGAAGGAAACAAGAUAUCAGAGCUAUCCCCAAACAUUUGCCAGCUUCAUUCUUUGAAACUUCUCUUGAUUAUGGAGAACAGGCUGAUCACUUUGCCAGAAGAAAUCAGGAAUUUAUCAAACUGCAUCCAUAUCAAUUUGUUUGAUAACAAACUUACAUAUCUUCCUCGCUCUAUCAUCGAAAUGCCAAAGCUUGAAACUUUAAUUGUGGAUGGGAACAAUAAUCUGCGGAAUCCACCUCUAGAUGUCUGCUCUCGCGGCCUUGACAGUAUCAGGGGCUAUUUCGAAACCCUAGAUGCCCAGGAUGUGAAUACAGAGACAGUUGAUUCACAGCGUUUGGAGGUUGUCCUUUUGGGUGAAUCAGGAGCUGGAAAGUCAAGUCUUGCCUAUGCUCUUGUUCAUGCAAAAGCACUUCUGCACCCAGAUAAUGAAGCACACAGUACAGUGGGUGUGGAUUUCUUUAAUUGGAGACCAUUUGCCAGUGUCAUAGAGUUUCAUAUUGUGGAUUGUGCAGGGCAGAGGAGGUACCAGUUGACACAUCCAUUUUUUUUGUCCUCAGAGGCCCUACAUAUCUUGGUCGUGGAUCUCUUUAAGUAUGAACCAACUGAAAGCUGUUUUCAGAAGACUGUUGGUGAUUGGCUGGAUCUGGUCACAUCACGCAUCUUGAAGCCAAGGAUAAUGAUUGUGCCCACUCAUUUGGAUAAGUUUGACCCCAGUGAUACCAGCACUGUUAUUUGCUACUGUAAGGAUAUCUUGAAGCGAGUGCAAGAUUACUGCAAAGGUCAAAAAGCUCUGAUUGAGUAUGAAAUUUCAGAAAAAAGGAAGAAAGGCCUUAAGAAUCCUUUGAAGGGAGGCUCAAACCCAGAGUGGAAGAUAGACAACCCUCCAAUUAUUUCUUCUGUUCUACAUCAUGCUUUUUAUGAUGCUUUGCAGGAGCCACCCCCAACUGAGCCAGUUUGCAACAAAAGUUACAUCGCCAUGGUACCUGUUAGUAAUGUCAGUGAGCUAACUGGGAUAAAUGCAUUACAAGAUGAGAUCAUACGUAUUGCUGAAGAUAGAGAACUCUUUCCAUCUGUUGGCAGAGAUUUACCUGAAGAGUGGGUCAAACUUGAGGUGGCAUUGAGGAAGAGUAGAGAAAAUGACCAGGUUCGUUGUAUGUCUUAUGAAGAUUUUGAAAAGUUUGCCAGAGAACACACUGGUCUUUCUAAGAUGGGAUUGCGCUCAGCAGUAACAUAUCUAGAUUCAAUUGGCGAAUUGCAUUAUUACAAGGAUAUUCCUUCAUUGCACAAGAAUGUGUUCAUUGAUCUUCGAUGGCUGGCAAAAUUGGUGAAGUGCCUUUUCCGACAUGACCUGCAGGAGACAUUGAACUUUGAUGAAAGCUUUCAAAGGUUUGGUAUGAUUCGUGGGUAUUUUGAUGAACUCAAGAAAAACCUUAUUCAGGAAGCAAGGUUGUCAAAGGCUCUCUUGAGAUGUCUCUGGGCAGAGAUUGAACUAGAUGAAGCCAUGUUUCUCCAGAUGGUCGAACUUCUUCAUCAUCUUGGUCUUGCAUGUCGUCUGCCCACAGAUGAUCCUGACAACUUUAACCUUUUAGUUCCUUGGUUUUUGACUGAUUAUCCUGAAGAAGUUGAAGGUCUGUCAGAAAACCUGACUGAUGAUGAGGUAGAGAUUAACUUGCUGUUUAUGAUGUCCUACUUACCCCCUGGUUUGUUUGAUCGCUUACGUGUUCGCUGCUGUUCACUGGGAUUUGACUUUUACAACUGGAAAGAUCACUUGCUGUUGUUUGGGAAUUAUGAAAGAAUCCUGAUUCAUAAACAUAGUUACCCUGCAGGAGCUGAUUCAAGCUCACCAGCCAUUUACAUCAAAGGAAGAGGGAUAAAGGCAGAAUUAAAUUCACUAUGGAAAAUUCUUUUGAACAUUUUUGAGGUAAAGUCUGUGUAUGAAAUUACUUUGCACAGCUGUCAAACCUUCUACCUGUUUUCAAAGCAUUAAGCAAACAGUGUGGUACUCUCAUGCUUGAUUUGAUUAUGAUGCAUUGCCAAUACCAAAACUGCCUCCCUCUUACAGUAUUUAUUUAGGUUUUGCUGAAAGUUUGCUGGAACCAGUCACAUUUCUGUGAGGAGAAAGGCCCUCUAAUUAUCACCCUGACCAAGGCUUAAACCCCAGUAUGUGUUGGCCAUUAAGCCUCUGUAUCUCCUGAAAAAAUAAUUGGCUAG